CCCGUGGCAAGAACGGCGACGCCGGUGGGGCUGGCGGCGCCGCAGAGGAGGGCGUGAAGCGUGUGCGCCGGCCAGACGUGCCCAGCGAGCGCCUCGGCCGCGCCCGCAGCAGGACGGAACGGUGAGUGGCGAGCACGCCAGACGCAGGCACGGGCGUCGUGAGACCGAGCUGCCCUGAGCCUGGGAGCAGACAAGUGGGCGCAGCGCCGAGGCUUCCUUGCCCUUCUGCCCUCAGCGCUGCCGUCGUCGGAGAUGUAUGAGGCCGUCUUGGAGGAGGCGCGAGCAGCUGCUCGUCUUGACGCGUUCGCAGUCAAGAGUUCCUUGUGGCGGGCAUAGCGGAUGGAAGAGGUGCAGCGCUUCUCUCUACAGGAGCUGCACCACUUGUCGUCGUGUGGGCCUCAUGCUUGCACUGAGCGAGCUAGAGCUGACGCGCAGCUUGCAGCCACCUGCGCCACGUCGACGCUCCGCUCGAGACCUCUCCACCGCGCGCCGGCUCGGCGGUCCGUUCAGCCUCCUCAUCAUCUGCGCUCGGCCGGCGGACACGGCGCUUGCCCGUCUCCGCUGCCGGCAAGGUGCGAGCGCUACAUCUCGGCCUCGAUCCGAGCAGUCCCGGCACCAGUCCCGGCGCGGCUCCUGAGCUGGACGGCCGCGCCGAUGCCUCGCCCGAGGUGCGGCCAACUGCUCGUCGGGCUCGCUCCUCUGGGCGCGAUGAGGCGGGCGUGCGAGGCAGUCAGUCCGAGCACAGCUUGCGAACGCUCUACUCUCCCGAUGCCGCCGCAAAGGUCGACCCGCGAGAGCGGCUGCGACAGGCCGUGCAAGCCGCCGGCGGCUUCUGCGAGCGCUUCGACGCCACGCCCGUGUCCGAGCAUCUCGAGUCGGGCGGCGAGAGCGGCACGGAGAGCGAGAGUCUGCCGCGUGGCUCGACGAGCUUGCCGCUCGGCAGCGCGCCGCGAGGCUAAGCCCAGCAGUCUGAGCACGUACGCUCCGGCGCUCUUGCCUCCUCCACGCUCGACUACGACCGCACCGCAUCUCAUGCCUCUUCACUUGCACGCGCGACAGCCACAGCGCCUCGCCCUCUGUCCCUUCAUUGCACUGCACCAUCCUGCACUUCUCGCGCAUCUCUGCGCUCUCCAAAAGCGGCCUCAAGCCCGCCCAUUGCCAUCGAGCACACCCAUCCACAUACCCUCUUUCCCUGCGUCCGCACCGCGACAAAUCGCCGCGCGCUUCGCAUGCGUACCUGCACACCACACUCCUUGCCCCUCGAGCACCUCCACGCCUGCCGCGCCGCUCGAGCGCGCCGCACGGCCUGAGGCUGAGCCUACAAUGCAUCGUGCACACC